GUUUGUAGGUGUGGUUGGAAGAAAAUGCAUGUAACUCUGACAUCAUGAUGUCCAUCCGGCAAAGAAAAGGAUUAAAAACGACAGAAGUUUCUGAGGAUUUUCCAGCACAAGAAGAAAAUGUGAAGUUGGAAAAUAAAUUACCAUCUGGUUGUACCAGUAGAAGAUUAUGGAAGAUUCUGUCAUUUACAAUUGGUGGAAUCAUUGCCCUUUGCAUUGGACUUCUCACAUCUGUCUACCUUGCCACUCUGCAUGAAAAUGAUUUAUGGUUUUCCAACAUUAAGGAAGUGGAGCGAGAAAUCUCAUUCAGAACAGAAUGUGGACUGUAUUACUCCUACUACAAGCAAAUGUUGCAGGCUCCAACCCUCGUUCAAGGUUUUCAUGGCUUAAUAUAUGAUAAUAAAACUGAAUCUAUGAGGACAAUUAACCUCCUUCAACGAAUGAAUAUUUACCAAGAGGUUUUUCUCAGUAUUUUAUAUAGAGUUCUACCUAUACAGAAAUAUUUAGAGCCAGUUUAUUUUUAUAUUUACACCUUAUUUGGGCUCCAAGCAAUCUAUGUCACAGCUCUUUACAUAACCAGCUGGCUCCUUAGUGGUACGUGGCUAUCAGGACUAUUAGCAGCUUUCUGGUAUGUCAUAAAUAGAAUAGAUACCACAAGAGUUGAAUUCACGAUCCCGCUGAGGGAGAACUGGGCACUGCCGUUCUUUGCAAUUCAGAUAGCAGCAAUUACAUACUUUCUGAGACCAAACUUACAGCUUCUUUCUGAAAGGCUGACACUUCUUGCCAUUUUCAUAUCAACUUUUCUCUUUAGUCUGACAUGGCAAUUUAAUCAAUUUAUGAUGCUGAUGCAAGCAUUAGUGCUGUUCAUACUGGACUCCUUGGACAUGCUGCCAGCAGUGAAGGCAACAUGGCUGUAUGGUAUACAGAUAACAGGUUUACUCCUGGUCUGCAUUCUUCAGUUUUUUAAUUCCAUGAUUCUUGGAUCAUUGCUUAUCAGUUUUAACCUUUCAGUAUUAAUUGCAAGAAAACUUCAGAAAAAUCUGAAAACUGGAAGCUUCCUUAAUAGACUUGGGAAACUUUUGUUACAUUUAUUUGUGGUUUUAUGUUUGACACUUUUUCUCAACAACAUAAUUAAGAAAAUUCUUAACCUGAAGUCAGAUGAGCACAUAUUUAAAUUUCUAAAGGCAAAAUUUGGGCUUGGAGCAACAAGGGAUUUUGAUGCAAAUCUCUAUCUGUGUGAAGAAGCUUUUGGUCUUCUGCCUUUUAAUACAUUUGAAAGGCUUUCCGAUACUCUGCUUUUUUAUGCUUACAUGUUUGUUCUGUUCAUCACAGUGAUUGCAGCAUUCGUUGUUGCCUUUCAAAAUCUCAGUAAUUCUACAAAUCAACAAUCCAUGCAUAAAAUGGGAAAAGGCACAAUUGACCUGAAGCCAGAAGCAGCCUACAACUUAACACAUACCAUUCUGUUUGGAUUCUUGGCUUUGAGUACAAUGAGAAUGAAGUAUCUCUGGACGUCACACAUGUGUGUGUUUGCAUCAUUUGGCUUAUGUAGCCCCGAAAUAUGGGGGUUACUUCUGAAAUCAGUCCAUCUUUGUACCCCCAAAAGGAUAUCUAUAAUGCGGUAUUCGGUACCGAUAUUAAUACUGCUGUAUCUAUGCUAUAAGUUCUGGCCAGGAAUGAUGGAUGAACUCUCCGAGUUGAGAGAAUUCUAUGAUCCAGAUACAGUGGAGCUGAUGAACUGGAUUAACUCUAACACUCCAAGAAAGGCCGUGUUUGCUGGAAGCAUGCAGUUGCUGGCGGGAGUCAAGCUGUGCACAGGAAGGACCCUAACCAACCACCCGCACUAUGAAGACAACAGCCUGAGGGAGCGAACCAAAGCGGUUUAUCAGAUAUAUGCAAAGAAGUCUCCAGAGGAGGUGCAUGCCCUCCUGAGAUCCUUCGGCACCGACUAUGUCGUCUUGGAAGACAGCAUCUGCUACGAGCGAAGGCACCACCGGGGCUGCCGGCUCCGGGACCUGCUGGACGUCGCCAAUGGGCAUAUGAUGGAUGGCCCAGGAGAGAAUGAUCCAGAUUUGAAACCUGCAGACCACCCUCGCUUCUGUGAAGAGAUUAAAAGAAACCUGCCUCCCUACAUGGUCCACUUCACUAGAGUGUUUCAGAACAAAACAUUCCACGUUUACAAGCUAUCCAGAAACAAGUAACAAUGAUUUCUGUCCAAUCUCUAUUUUUGAUACAGUGAAACUGCAUCAUAAUGAAACUCAGUAGAUAAAGUUUCCUAUGUAAGUAGGUAGCCAGUACCUCAAAGCUGUGAUAUGAGUAAGUUCUAAAGAUGUUUACACCAGUGUUACCUGAAAGUAUCUUCUUUGAUACUUUGAAAGUAUCUUCUACAAGCUUAAGUCUCUUUUGUCUUGUCCAUCAAUGUUCUUUAACCUAAAUGUUCACAGCUUUCUAAAAGUGACCUAGAAUUUUGUUGUUGGGAGAAUAAUAUGCAUUCCAUAGGUAGCCUGGACAGGCAUGUAUCAUGUUGGAAGGUGUUCAGGAUUCGAAACACUGCUAAUUUUCAGGUGACUUAAGAUAGCUGUGGUUGAUUCAAAUUGAGAGGACAUUAAGUUAUUCAAUAUGGGAUUUCACUAGUGAAAAACAUUUGGUGGUUUUUUAAAGAGCUCAUGUUUGUCCUGUUUCACCUUAAAAUUUUAUAGUAUUUUUCCAAUUAUGCUUUUAACAUUAACAAAAAAAUCAUGUUAGGUCUUUGUAUGUAUCAAAUGUUUUGUUACACUCUGUCUGGAAUAGAAUGUGUACCAGUCAGUAGUAUGUGUCUUGUAUUAAGUGUGUGUGUGUGUGUGUGUGUUUUAAUACUGGGCACAGAAAAAUGUUACAAAUUCCAUAUUGUAAGUCCUUAGAGGGGCAGAAAUGUAUGUAGUCCAGUAGAAUUUGUUACUGUUUAGUGUUAUUAUUUUAAAAUCUACUGAUACUCUGUAAUCUCUCCUGCAAGUAAAAUGGUUUUGCUUUAUUUCUUACUCAUUUCAAUUUACUGGGUUUGCAAAAUUUUGUAAACUUUUUGUGUUUUUAGCCUUUGUAUUUUUUACAGCCUAGAAUCUUGCAAAGUCUGAAUAUUUUUAAAAUGUUAUAUCUUAAUUAGUUCACUAAUAUAAUAUUUUUAGCAGACAGCAUUUUCAUACCAGGUUUGACUUGUGGUCUCCAAUCUUACUGUGAGGGUCCUGGUAACAUUCUUCUUUUCCUUACUAAAAGAUAACAAGUGCCUCUAAGUCAUGCUUAUUUGUAAACAACAAAGAGGAUUAUACGUACCGGCUCAAAAAUUUUUGAUAAUUGCUUUUAUAAUUAAUUUCUAAUGAUAGGGACAUGUAAAAGUUGCAGAUAAAAGCAUAUUGUGCAUUUAAUUAAAUCAAGAUGGCUAAUGAAAUUAACUUUCUCUCCUGCUCUUGCCAGUUGGAAAUAAUUUAAACGUUUCUCCUUGCAGUUGUAUUGAAAUAAAUUACCAUAGGCAUCAAGAUGGAUACACCACAUUCUCAAAUGACUUUAUACUCAGUUACUACUUAUUAAGCAGCAUUCAAACAAAUUUUUACAAUGUCAUGUUGGACAUUAAGAAUACCCAGCUUUUAUCAGAACUUUUUAAAUAAAAGAUUGACAUCUCUAGGUUAUUAAAUUAUGCAACUGAAACUCCUGAAUUAUAUCUUUCCUGAAUCCCUUAAUAAGGUUGGAGACUACUGCAGUUUAGGAUAAUACAAUAAUAAAACAUUUUAAUCAGUACUAAAACUUUAAUUAAGCCAGUAAUGAUGCAUGCCUGUUGUAGCUGACAGCAUGGGUCAGUACAUCCUUCAGCGAGUGCCUUACUCUAAUUGAAACCAAGCACAUGUAAGGUACAACAUGUUAAAUUAUGUGGUUUUGUUUUUAUAAUUCUCUGUUACCUCUUCAGAUACAUUUAAACUUAUGUUAAAUAUUCCUGUAUGUAUGAGUCUAAGCAUUUGGGCAUUUGGAGUCUCAGUAUACAAGAAAUAUAUACUUAAACUUUUAUGCUUAUCAUCACUGUGAUGAUGGCAUACAGUAAUUUUUUUUCAUGGUUUAGGUACCGUUGUUGCCAAAACAUUUAGUGUUCAGUCUUUAGUGAAAAAUAUAAAGUGCCAAAAAAAUCUUGCAAGACAAAAAUCCAUACAUACACUCUUUCCAAGACACUGUGACCAUUUACGGUAGAAGUUUUAAUUUCCUGACGACCAAAUCUCUCAACAGAGCAUAUUAAAUAUUUAUAGCACUCGUCAGUAUUCUCUUACAUGACCUUCUCAUUGGAGUACAUAGGAGAAAAAGAGGAAGAGCAUCUGACUUCAGGCUCUGGUUUCCAGCCUCUUUACUGAGCCAAAGCAAGAGACCUGUGGCCUGUGCUAGCCACCACUCAGACCUUGGUGGCUGUGUCAAUACUUGGUGAUAGCCUCAAAUAAUGACUCUGAUAUUUAUUGAUAGAAAAACCACUUGAGUUUCCCUGUGAGCUAGCAGUCAGAUGGCUCUCUAAAUACAGGAGAAGUACUCUUAACUGACUCUGCUUCUGUGACUUCCCAGACCCCAGAGGCUUGUCUUCCGUAGGUUGCCAGUCCCACCCUAGCCAGGAGGCUGCUCUCUGGUUCCUCUGCACUCUCCUUCCCUCCCUUGAGCUGUAUGCCCGUCCCAGAAUUCUCCAUGCAAGUUCUCCUUCCUAUUCUAAGUAUACAACUCAACUGCUUACAUCAACAUAGGAAACAUGGAUGUAAAAGGAGAGUCAUUACUGGAAAAAUUAAAUUGAAUGCUUUGGUAAGAAGUGAUCAUUGUUGAGUUGCUGUUAAAAGUUGCUUUUAAAUUA